AUGCGCGCGGCGCCGGGCGACGACGAGGUGAUGCGCGACUACGUCCAGCGCCUGGCGGCGCGGCAGAUGGAGGCGCGACGCGAGCGGAAACCGCGCGCGCCGCGAAGAGAGCGCGCGCGCGUCGUCGACGCGGCUCGACCGCGAGACGAGGAGGACGACGCGCGACGACGCGUCGACGCGCUGGACGCGAGCGGUGCGGACGGCGAGGGCGACGCGAGGGACGCGGAGUACGAGCGGUACGCGCCGACGCACGGAACGAUCGCGGGAGGACCGCAUCCGGAUCCGGUGGUGGAGACGGGAACGCUGGCCAAGGUGGCGCCGCCGAAGCCGACGUACGAACACGGGAUACGGGAUCUGUGCGACAGCGGUGGACUGAGCGCGCUGCAGAUGGAGUGCGUGACGUACGCGUGCAUGCGACACGAGCAGAGACUGCCGGGAGAGCGAAAUGAAAGGGCGGGAUUUUUCUUGGGAGACGGCGCGGGCGUGGGGAAGGGACGACAGAUCGCGGGAUUGGUGUACGAACACGUGCGACGGGGAGGGAGACGGGUGCUGUGGGUGAGCACGAGCGCGGAUUUGAGGUACGACGCCGAGCGGGAUUUGAACGAUUUGAACGCGAAACCAAAGGUUGAGGUGAUUCCUAAAAAUACCGCGGCGAUGCCGCGCGGAGACUUGAGCGAGCACCUCGACUCGGGCGUCGUGUUUUCCACGUACUCUUUGCUCACGCAGGGCACGGCGAAAGUCAAGAAGGACAAGUAUUCGAACAAUGACGAGAUUCUGAAGAUGAUCACCAAGAACAGCCGACUGGAGCAGUUUGUGACGUGGCUCAAGGAGGAUGAGCGCGGGCCGCUCAUAGUUUUUGACGAAUGUCACAAGGCCAAGAACUUGUACAACUCGGGUGGCAAACCGACCAAGACCGCUUUGUGUGUGGUGGCGCUGCAACUCGCGAUUCCGGACGCGCGUGUGCUGUAUUGCUCCGCCACCGGCGCGAGCGAACCGAGGAAUUUGGGCUACAUGACGCGCCUGGGUCACUUUGGAUGGGCCGACACAUUCGACAUGUUGCAAAAGCUCGAGAGCGCGGGUCUGGGUGCGUUGGAGAUGUUCGCGUGCGGGCUCAAGGCCACGGGAAGCUAUCUUUGUAGGACGCUUUCGUACGAGCAGGCGGAGUUUGAACUCGUCGAUUGUCCGAUUUCGGAAGAGUUGAAAAUGAUGUACAAUCGUAGCACCGAGUUGUGGGUCUUGUUCAAAAAAGUUGACGAAGCGAUUUCCAAGUUACGCGGCAUGGGCGGUGAAGAGUGGGUGACCGCGAACGAGAAGAGCGCCAAAGCGCUCAACAGAUUGUUUUGGGCGACGCACCAGCGAUUUUACCGUCAGAUGUUGCUAUGCGCAAAAGUUCCUGAACUCGCGAAGCUCGCUCGAAAAGCCGUCACGCAGGAAAACUUGGCUGUUGUGAUCGGACUUCAGAGCACUGGUGAAGCCAGCCUCACGCGCAUGGCUGACGAAGCGAACGAUGAAGAUGACGAAGACUUCGUCAGCUCUCCCGCUGAGAUGCUCACGAACUAUCUCAAGAACAAUUUCCCCACAACUUCGUGCCGCGCGUCUGCGAACAACGCCAGACUUUGGGACACUGUUUUGGCCGAUGUUGUGCGCGUCGUCAACACGUGGUGCUCGCAAGAAACCAUCGUCGAAGUGCUUGGUCGUAAUCCGCUUGAUGACAACGUCCCAGCUGCGAACGCGGUUGGUGCCGCGGCGAGGGAUGAUGACAUCGAAGUCGUGCAUGAGAAAGGGCUGGACGAGGUGCUCGCCGAGCGCUUAGAGGCGGCCAAACUCGCCGGCAACUUUCUAGAUUUGACGGAUGACGACAUCGAACGACGCGCGCGAAAUGGGGUCAACGAGGCUCAGAUACGCGAUCUCGAGCGCAUGGAGGAAGCAAACGCUGCGAAUGAGCAGGCGCGACGAGAUCGUCUGAUUGCUGAGGAACGUCAGCUGGCAGAGUUGAAUCGUCGACGCGUUGAAGAAGCUUUGGCCGCGGCGCCGUCGCCGAGUUCGAACGAUGAAAAUUUGCCGCCUCCGAUGAGUCCACCGCCAGAACGACAAGCGCUCGUGGAAAAUCGUCAGCAGAUUUCACAGUCGGGAAAUAAGAGAUCUUCUCGGAGCGAUGAUGGUUCGGAUCUGCCGCCCAAUCCGCGACAGAAGGUUGCCGGCGCAAUUCGCGACGUCGACAUCAUCGAGAUAGACCUUACUUCUUCAGAUGAUGAGUCGCGAGAUGCUUUCAAUUCAAGUGUGCAGAAACGUCGAGAAGAGUUCGCGCGCAACGGUCAGAUACUCAGUGGUGCCGCGCAUACUAUGGAUAUUCCGGCGCCGGCUCGUCCCGACGCUCCCGUCGCUUCUGGCUCUGGGAUGCACUUUUCCCGGGCAAACGCGCCUGAUCCGCCCAAACCGGCCGUGAACGCUCUUGAACGACUACGCCGUUUCGUUCCAGCAGAUCACGCUCCACCGCGCGACGCGCCUCGCGCGAAUGCAGGUGUUGUCCGAGUGAAACCCGAGCCUGUUCAAGGAGAUCGCCGCCGCGCCGCCGCGCCGGUGAACCUUAAGGACGAGUUCGCCAACGCAGACGCGGAAGAUUCAGACAGCGACGGCGCGCGAGAAGAGCUCUCGGAUAUGGACGAACCAUUACCUGACGAUGACGUCGAAAACCAGCAUCUCGUGCACAUCCGCGCUCUUUUGCUUCGAGCGGUCGACUCGUUGCAGCUUCCACCAAAUCCGCUCGACAAUCUCAUCGCGCUCUGCGGUGGACACGAGCACGUCGCCGAGAUGACUGGCCGAAAGCUGCAUCAGGUCCGACAGGAGAACGGCAAAAUUAUGACUCGAAAGCGUAUGGACGAUACGGACGCCGCGAACGCCAAGCUGAUGAACAUGACCGAGAAGAGAAAGUUCCAACAAGGUGAAAAACUCAUCGCGAUCAUCUCCGACGCGGCGAGCACCGGUAUUUCUCUCCAGGCGGAUAAACGUGUCCAAAAUCAGCGUCGACGAUGCCAUAUGACGCUUGAGCUUCCCUGGAGCGCUGAUAAGGCAAUUCAGCAGUUCGGUCGUUCUCACCGGUCGAAUCAGUCGAGUGCUCCGCUCUAUCGCAUUCUCAUGACGCCGUGCGGUGGCGAACGACGCUUCGCGUCCAGUGCAGCCAAACGUCUUCUUUCGCUCGGCGCCUUGCUCAAGGGUGAUCGACGCGCGCUCGGCGCCGGCCAAAGUCUGCAAGCGUUUGACAUAGAUAACGCAUACGGCUCUGAAGCGCUGAAGCGCAUGAUUUCUGAUCUCAAGCGCGACACCGAUCCCAUGCCGACUGUGCAGUACACGGAGGCGCAGCUUGACGCCAUCAUCAACAUCAUUCGAGGCGAGCUCGUGAAAGUCGGUCUCGCCGACGAAGACAAUGGCGACGGGAGGUUUACACUCAAAGGCAACAAAACUAAAAAUUCUGGUCUGAAGAUCUCCACAUUUUUGAAUCGUCUUCUCGGGAUGCCUAUCGAAAUGCAAGAAAUUGCAUUCGACUACUUUACGCAAACGUUUGAAGGCGUCAUCAAGGAUCAUAAACAACGUGGCAAGUAUGACUCGGGCGUGACGAAUAUUACCGGUCAGAGCAUCGUCUCAAAGCCAGAACACAACAAAGUUGUUCACAAGUGUCCGACAUCUGGUGCUGAGACCAACGUUCGCUUAGUGGUCAGCGACUCCGGCGUUAAAUAUCGUCAAGUGUGCGCCAUGAUGCGCGAUUACGAAGAGAAUCGAGAGGCCUUGUUCGAAGGAUCAAACCAGCGUGGACUGUGUGGAUUCUACAUCGCGACGUACGGGACUAUGGCCAAGACGAACCGACCGAACGUCUGUUACGCGCAUGAAAUUAGGAACAUGGGCCAGCAGAAUCAAAAUUCGAUCAAGAAUCCGCAAAUGCAGAUCACGCGUGCGAAUAAGCUCAACGCUUCAAAGAUGGACCUGGACAACUUGCAGGCAAACUACAAGAGAGUAGAACUUACCGAUAUUGACGGCGUGCUUCGUUUUCGUGAGCUGUGGAACUUUUGGUAUGACUUCUUCAAAUCCACGUGUGUGCACGGCAAAACGUGUAAGCAGGGUGUAGGGAGGCGGAUGUGCGACGCCGGGAAACGUUUCCGGAACGAUCUGCUCAUUUGCGGCGCCGUGUUACCGGUAUGGAAUCAGAUAAAUGACCAAUUCAAGGGUAUGGUGGCCACGGAAGAAGGAACUGUUCGCGAAACUCAUUUGAAAGUGAUGCGCGCGCAGACCACGCUUGGCGAAAAGAUUGUCGGAUUGAAGCUCGCGUCCAUCGCAGUCGAAGAUUUUGACGAUUACGUUCGAUCACUGCAAACCACGAUUGAAGACAGAACCAAAGGAGGAGUUGGCCAUGAACGACAUGGCGGCGAAAUUCACUAUGACGAAUAUUACGAUGACGACGAUCUGUAUUGA